AUGUCUUCUGUAGGUUUAGAUGAGGGCUCUCCAUAUGUUUUGUUCUCUAUGUGGACACUUUAUCACUACUUCAGGAACCCCAGUGAAGAAUACAAUGCUAAACAAUGCAAAGAGAUAUUCAACAAGAUAUGUUUAAAUGCAUAUCCCAAUUAUAGAUUACUAGAUCAUUCUGUCCCUAAGUCGUUGUUCAUAACUUGGAAGAAGAAGAAGAAGAGAAGCUUACCAUUCAGUAAUGACGAUGAUUAUGCUUUAAGGGGGUGUAUUGGUACUUUUGCUAAGCUACCUCUACUGGAAGGGAUAUAUAAAUACACGUUGAUUGCUGCCUUGGAAGACUCCAGAUUCCCAAGUAUUGAAGAGAAGGAAUUGCCGAGGUUGAAGUGUACUUGCAAUAUUUUACAUAGUUUUACAACAAUCUACAGCAAUAAAUCAAAUCACAAGAAUGGUAACAUCAAUGACUGGAUCAUUGGGAAACAUGGAAUUGAGUUGAAAUACAGAGAUCCGAUAUCAAAGAGUAUCGUCAGUGCUACAUUUUUGCCUGAAGUUAUGAAAGAACAAGGAUGGGAUAAACAUACAACGUUUGAAUAUUUGAUAGAGAAAGCAGGCUGUCUUACAAAUAUAUCAACUGUUUUGGAUAAUUAUGAAAAGUAUUUUGUAGAGGUUAUAAGGUAUGAAGGCAUGGAGAGUAGCAUGGACUAUCAUGCAUUUCAGAAGUACUUGGAUCAUCUGGAAUCAGCUCUGGAAUAA